AUGAAGAAAAGCAGAGGCCGGACAGGUCGAAAGAGAAGAAGAAAACACUCGCAGAGUUUUAUGGAUGGAGUCAACUGCAGUCACAAGCUGGAAUACAUUAAACUGAAGAAGUGGCUGAAAGACAGAGGAUUUGAAGACAGUAAUUUAAGGCCAGCACAGUUCUGGGAUACAGGAAGAGGACUGAUGGCAACAAAAGCUCUUCAGGCAGGGGAUCUGAUUAUUUCAUUGCCUGAGAAAUGCUUACUCACCACGGCCACUGUCCUUAGUAGCUGCUUGGGAGACUACAUUAUGAAAUGGAAGCCUCCUGUAUCUCCUUUGAUGGCACUGUGCACAUUUUUGAUAGCAGAGAAGCAUGCUGGUGAGAAAUCUCUGUGGAAGCCAUAUCUUGAUGUUUUACCCAAGGCAUACACUUGCCCUGUUUGUUUGGAGCAUGAUGUAGUAAGCCUUCUUCCUGAACCUUUAAGAAAGAAGGCUCAGGAGCAGAGAACGACGGUCCAUGAGUUGUACAUGUCUUCCAAGGCUUUUUUCUCUUCCCUGCAGCCUUUGUUUGCUGAGAACACAGGAACUAUUUUUAACUACAGUGCUCUAGAGUGGGCUUGGUGCACUAUUAAUACCAGGACAAUAUACAUGAAACAUUCACAGAGGGAGUGUUUUUCUCUUGAGCCAGAUGUUUAUGCAUUGGCACCAUAUUUAGAUUUGCUAAACCACAGUCCAAAUGUUCAGGUAAAGGCUGGAUUUAAUGAGCAGACAAGACGCUAUGAAAUUUGGACAAAUUCACAGUGCAAAAAAUCCGAAGAAAUAUUUAUCUGCUAUGGGCCUCAUGACAAUCAGCGACUGCUACUGGAAUAUGGAUUUGUUGCCAUUGAUAACCCUCACAGCAGUGUUUAUGUCUCAUCAGAUACUCUCCUCAGAUAUUUUCCACCACUGGACAAGCAGAGAAAUGCAAAACUUUCCAUUCUAAAGGAUCAUGAUUUCUUAGAAAACCUGACCUUUGGAUGGGAUGGACCAUCUUGGAGACUUCUCACAGCCCUCAAAUUGUUAAGUCUUGGAGCAGAUGAAUUUGCUUGCUGGAGGAGGACGCUGCUUGGUGAAGUAAUUUCAGCCAGAAAUGAACAGCAGACUUUGAGUAUAACAGCAAAAAUAUGCCAUUUUUUAAUAGAGGAGACACAACAUGUCCUUCUUCAGAUUUCCCAGUUGAAAAGGAGCAAAGAGAACCUCAAAAAACAACUGGCUUUGGCAGAAGCACUACGCUUGGAAGAUCUGAAGAUACUACAAAAAUCAGCUGAGAUUCUUUGCAAGUUGAAUAUCGCAAUGGCUUGACCCGCCUGGAGCUGUGAUAGCUGUGGCUGAUUGGAUCUCAUUUACCAUGGAUGUGCCUUGCUCAACUGUUUUAAUGGACCUGAGCAGCAAAUAAUGUAAAAAGUCAUCAGAAUAUGACUGGUUUUGUUUGCAGGGUCACACGGGACCCAGACUUUUACUUUGUUAUUUGCUGACCUUCUUCAGUAAUACAAAAGGUUAGCCCAAAUGCUGGGGAGAGCACAGGUGGCUUUCAUCACAUCUCAUCCAAAUCACGCCGCUGUGAGCAAAACAGCUUCUGGGGUAAUUUGAGCAGACCCAGGAUUGUGGGCUCCAGCAAUCCUAGACUUUACAGCUGCCUGUGUGGCUAAAGCAUGGAUUAUAGGGUCAAGCAGAUACUCCUCAGCGUGUAUUUGAGCUCUGAUGCUUGACAGAGAGGAAGAGGACAGAGCCACUUAUAUUUGUCCUGUACUCAUCUUUACUUUUUCCCUGAGGUCUGCACAUGUCCCCAAGACUUGGCAGUUCAUGUAGUGCUUGUUCGUUGCUGGGGUAAUAGAUGUGGACUAGAGCACAGAUCAGCCCUAUUGUGACCAACUCCAAAUCAUUCCCUUCACAGUUUCAACCCAAGUGUUUCUUGAACAUAAGGAAGUGUGAAUUUCCCUCCUUUACUCUCAAAGCUCCCUCCAGACUCACUAGUUUGUGUUCUGACUCCUCCUGCUGGGAAUGAGAACUGAAAGGAUGUAUCACUUUGAACUCUCUUGUUUGGAAGACCACCCAGACAAUUCUGUUUCCAUUCAGUUGUGGUGAUCACAUUGAGAAAUGUCCCUGUCCUGUCUACAAGGAUAGUCUCGUGAGCUGCCUUUCGGUAUUAGUUCUACUUAAAUAGGGAGCUUGAGCUCCCUAUGUCGUUUAGAGAGGAGAGAGACUUCUUCAAAGGGCAUUUCAGGGCAGGACCCAUAUUUAGGCUGUAUGAACUUAAUUUAUAAUUGUGAUUGU